GCUGCCCAGAGCCUGGGGAAGGAGAGUCUGUGCCGGAGGUGACUGGAGCCGCGGCGACGGCGACGGUGGCGGCAGCAGGAGUAGCAGUGGCGGCGCUCUCAGCCGCAACAGCUGAGACUCUGGCCCGGGCCAGAGCGGCGCGGCAGACAAUAACCGGGCUGGGAGCAGGACCCGGCCGGAUCCCACUGUGAUGCUUCCAGACUGAUGAUGUUAUAACAGCACCUGGAAGCCUAAGACUGCAUUUCCAGCUAAACAUACCUGAAUUGUCCACAUCACCAUGGAGACCCGGAAGGAUGAAGCUGCUCAGACCAAGAGAGCAGCAUCCUCUGGAGAUAUCCAGGACCAGGAAGCAGAGAAAGGAGCCAAGAACAAGGCAGCUGAAGCAACAGAAGGGCCAACCUCAGAGCCACCCUCAUCUGGCCCAGGUAGGCUGAAGAAAACUGCCAUGAAACUUUUUGGUGGCAAGAAGGGAAUCUGUACUCUGCCUAGUUUCUUUGGAGGGGGACGAAACAAAGGUUUUGGGAAAAGCAGCUCCAAGAAGGGUCUAAGCAAGAGCAAGACCCAUGAUGGCCUGAGUGAAGCAGACCGUGACCCUGAAGACAUUGUCAGUGAAGGAACUGGCAUCUCCUUACCUUUGCCUGAGUCACCCUGCCAAGUUCCCAGCUCCCAGAGUGCCCAUGGGGCUUUGGAGACAGGCUCCAGACAGAAGACCCCUGUGACUGGAACCAUUGAAAAAACAGGGGCUGAGAGGGUUCCCUCUGUGCCCAAGCCAAAGAAAGGCCUAAAAGGCUUUUUUAGUAGUAUCCGCCGUCACCGAAAGAGCAAGGUUGCUGGGGGCGAACAAAGUGAGCCAGGAGCCAAGGAACCUGAACGGGGCAGAGCAAUGUCUCAUGAAUAUGCAAGCUCAGCCCCUCUGCCCUUCUCUGAGGAGACUACCCAACACCCUAGAAAGGAUAAUGCCAAACCUCAUGAUACCCCAGGGCCAAUAAUUUCUCUAGCACCAGAGUCUUCUUCACCAAAUACUGAGAAUACAGCCUGUAAAAAUCCAGAAAAACCCAGUACUGGGAUCUGUGCCUCAGUACUCUUGCAGCCUAAGCCAGACCCUGAAGCCAGUAACAUAGAUGAACACCACAGCCUGGAAACAGGGGAGAAGAUGGUGGCAGGAGAAGUAAAUCCACCCAAUGGCCCUGUGGGAGAUCAGCUGAGCCUCUUGUUUGGAGAUGUUACAUCCCUGAAAAGCUUUGACUCACUGACAGGUUGUGGUGAUAUUAUAGCAGAACAGGACAUGGAUAGUAUGACAGAUAGCAUGGCCUCUGGGGGCCAGAGGGCCAACCGAGAUGGUACCAAACGAAGUUCCUGCCUGGUGACUUACCAAGGAGGUGGGGAGGAGAUGGCCUUGCCAGAUGAUGAUGAUGAGGAAGAGGAGGAGGAUGAGGAGGUGGAAUUAGAGGAGGAAGAAGAGGAGGUCAAGGAAGAGGAAGAAGAUGACUUAGAAUAUCUGUGGGCAAGUGCCCAAAUGUACCCAAGGCCUAAUCUGAACCUAAGCUACCAUCCCACUACAUCUCCAGGCCACCAGGGCUAUGUGCUCCUUGACCCAGUUCGGUCUUAUCCUGGCCUAGGCCCUGGGGAACUUUUGACUCCUCAGAGUGACCAGCAAGAGUCUGCCCCCAAUAGUGAUGAAGGUUAUUAUGACUCCACCACUCCUGGAUUUGAGGAUGAUUCAGGUGAGGCCCUAGGGCUUAUCCGCAGGGAUUGCCUCCCCAGAGACAGCUAUAGUGGAGAUGCACUAUAUGAAUUCUAUGAGCCAGAUGACAGUCUUGAAAACUCCCCACCUGCAGAUGACUGUCUUUAUGACCUCCAUGGUCGCAGCACUGAGAUAUUUGACCCCUUCUUGAACUUUGAGCCCUUUUCUUCCCCCCGGCCACCUGGGGCAAUGGAGACAGAAGAAGAACGGCUAGUGACCAUCCAGAAGCAGUUGUUGUAUUGGGAACUUCGUCGGGAGCAGCUUGAGGCCCGGGAGGCACGUGCUCGAGAGGCUCAUGCAAGGGAGGCUCAUACCAGGGAAUCCUAUACCAGAGAGCCUCAUGCCAGGGAGGCCUAUGUCCAAGAGGCCCACAGUCGGGAAGCUCAUGUCAGGGAAGCCAGAACCCGAGAAGCUCAGGCCCGAGAGGUACGUGUUAGAGAGGCUCAGGUGCGAGAGACCAAGGCUCGGCAGGAGAAGCCCAUCUUGGAGUAUCAGAUGAGGCCUUUAGGCCCAUCAGUGAUGGGUCUGGUAGCAGGGGCAUCAGGAACCUCUCAAAAUUCCCACCGGGGAACCACCUCAGCUUUCCCUACCACUGCAAGCAGUGAGCCAGACUGGAGGGAUUUCCGUCCUCUGGAGAAGCGUUUUGAGGGAACCUGUUCUAAGAAAGAUCAAAGUACUUGUCUAAUGCAGCUCUUCCAGAGUGAUGCCAUGUUUGAACCAGAUAUGAAAGAAGCAAAUUUUGGAGGAUCUCCAAGGAGGGCCUACCCUACUUACUCACCUCCUGAGGAGCCAGAGGAAGAAGAGGUUGAGAAGGAAGGAAACGCCACUGUAAGCUUCUCGCAGGCUCUGGUAGAGUUCACCAGCAAUGGAAACCUUUUCUCCAGUAUGUCCUGCAGCUCUGACUCUGACUCGUCCUUCACUCAAAACCUCCCUGAGCUGCCCCCCAUGGUGACCUUCGACAUCGCUGAUGUAGAACGAGAAGGGGAAGGCAAGUGUGAAGAGAAUCCUGAGUUCCACAAUGAUGAAGACCUUGCAGCCUCCUUGGAAGCUUUCGAACUGGGCUACUACCACAAGCAUGCCUUCAACAACUACCGAAGCAGAUUCUACCAAGGUCUGCCCUGGGGUGUAAGCAGCCUCCCUCGAUACUUGGGACUACCUGGGAUGCACCCUCGCCCUCCACCUGCUGCCAUAGCACUCAACAGGAGGAGCCGCUCCCUUGACACUGCAGAGACCUUGGAACUGGAGCUCUCCAAUUCUCAUUUGGCCCAGGGCUACCUGGAAUCUGAUGAGCUUCAGGCCCAGCAGGAAGAUUCAGAUGAAGACGAAGAGGAUGAAGAAGGAGAAUGGGGCCGAGACAGUCCCUUGUCCCUCUAUACUGAACCCCCAGGGGCCUAUGACUGGCCUGCCUGGGCUCCCUGUCCUCUACCAGUGGGACCAGGCCCUGCCUGGAUGAGCCCCAGCCAGUUGGAUGGGUCUUCCAGCCAGUCUCCAUAUGGGCAGGCAACCUGUUGUAUACCUCCUGUGGCCAUUUCAAUGUCAUCAGGGCUAGGGCCAGAACCAGAGCCAAGAGCACCCGGGGAACCUGGGCCUCAGCUAGCUCGGCCUUCACACUUACCUCUGCCCAUGGGCCCUUGCUAUAAUCUCCAGCCACAAGACCCCCACAGUGUGAGGGCCAGGCCUCGAGAUGUGCUGCUGCCUGCUGAUGAGCCCAGUUGCUCCUCCAAUUCUGGAGGUUUCAUUCCCAGCUCUCUGCCCCAGACCAAGCCUGUGGGCAUCACCCAUGGCAUUCCUCAGCUUCCUAGGGCUCGACCUGAGCCCUCCCAGCCUCAGCCCAGUCACUACGGAGCUUCUAGCCUUGAUCUGUCAAAGGAGAGGUCCAAGCAAGGUGCCUCUUUACCCACCAGCUGUUCAUCCACUGCCGUGAAUGGAAAUUUAGCCAAGUAGUCAUCAUCAUUUCUGGAGUAGGGGCAUGGGGCCUGAGCAUGUGAAUGGGGAUCAGGGGUUGGGCAGAAGGGUGGGGGUGGGGGUUGCUGUUUAACUUGAAAAUCCUUUUGGCCAAGGAAAACUCCCUGAGUUUCACCAUUUUUCCCCCUUCCUUCUCUGCCAUCUAUGGCCACAUUCAGCUCAAGUACAUCUGCCCAGGGAGGCUGCUGCUUCUUUCUGUGCUCCAGUUUCUGCUUUUGGGGUUCCUUCUUGUGACCCACACAGAUUUUUGGGAUGCUAUAAUUUUGUGCCUAUUCCAGUUGCCAAG